GUGUUGACGCGCCGCAUUAUCCCGUGCCUGGACGUUGACGGCGGGCGGGUAGUCAAGGGGACCAGUUUUGUGAACCUUCGUGAUGCCGGCGAUCCAGCCGAACUGGCAGCGCAAUACGACCGGGAAGGCGGCGACGAGCUGGUGUUUUUGGAUAUUACCGCCAGCAGCGACUCCCGCGACACUAUGGUAGGUGUCGUGCAGCGGGUCUCGGAGCAGGUGUUCAUUCCGCUGACCGUGGGCGGUGGCAUACGGUCCAUCGAAGACGUGCGGCGGAUGCUCAACGCCGGAGCCGACAAAGUUUCCAUCAAUACCGCUGCCAUCAACACGCCUGACCUCAUAACAGAUGGCGCAAACCAAUUCGGCAGCCAAUGCAUCGUGGUGGCGAUCGACGCCCGGAGGGUGGUUGAGGGCGAGGAGUAUCCGGCGCCUGCCGACGAAUCCCUGGUGAUCGAUGCCAGUUCCGGAUGGCAGGUGUUCACCCACGGCGGGCGCAACCCCACCGGGCUGGAUGCGGUGAAAUGGGCACAACGCGCCGUCGGUUUGGGAUCGGGCGAGAUUCUGCUGACCAGUAUGGACGAAGACGGGCAACUUAACGGUUAUGAUCUGGAGUUGACUCGGGCGAUCUCCAGAGCGGUUCCCGUGCCGGUCAUUGCCAGCGGCGGAGCCGGCAACCUGGAGCAUCUAUAUGAUGCUUUCACCGGGGGCGAAGCGGAUGCGGUAUUGGCCGCCAGUAUCUUCCAUUUCGGCACUUAUUCCAUUGCGGAGGCGAAGAAUUACCUGGCUUCUCGCGAUAUUCCCAUGAGGGUUUGA